CGCCAAGCACUGGGGGGGCGGCGGGGGGCACUCUGGGAGUGGCGGUUGUUUCAAGAUGGCGGAGGUGGCCCCCGAGCCGGGCGGGGAUGUGUAUUGGAGCCGGGACAUAUCUGAUGAAGAACAGCCAAUGAUGUAUGUUUCAGGGUUGUCUACAAAAGGGAAUUUAAGAACAAGAUAUUUACCAAAAUGUCAUAAAGGUGAAACUGAGCUGAAGGUGCCUAUAGCUGUUUCUUCUGUUUCCAUGGAUCCUGCUAGAAGCACAGGAGAUCUGACAGUACAUCAGGUCACUAAUGAAGGAGGAAUGAAGAGUGCUUCUUUAAAGGAUUUAUGUCCUGAGGACAAGAGACGCAUUGCAAACUUAAUUAAAGAACUUGCCAGGGUGAGUGAAGAGAAGGAGGUGACAGAAGAGCGGCUGAAAGCUGAACAGGAGUCAUUUGAGAAGAAGAUCAGACAGCUAGAGGAACAGAAUGAGCUUAUCAUCAAGGAAAGGGAAGCUAUGCAGCAGCAGUACAGAGAAUGCCAGGAACUUUUGAGCCUGUAUCAGAAGUACCUAGCUGAGCAGCAGGAACAACUGUCGCUCUCCCUCUCUCAGCUCAGUGCUGCCAAGGAAAAGGAGCAGAAGAUGUCUGGUAAGAAGUCCUCCUGUCCACAACCACCCUCUGAACUAGAUGGUUCGUACUUAGCUGUUGCAGGACCUCAGAUUUCGUAUAAGAACAGUAAAGCAUCAAAGCCUGGAAGUCCAAGCCGUGUAGCAUUGUCUCAGCCUUGCAGGAAUAAUCAUAAUUAUGGAACUGAAAUCAUUUACAACCAUCAAGAUCGUCCGAAAGAAAAUCCCUUGGAAAAUGGCUUGCACAGAAAGUGCAACAAUAUGAUUUCCUCAGUCAAGCAGAGGAGCCCUCACCAUGUAAAACCAGCUCAGGAGAUGGACCAAAAAGCAAAUGAAUUUUCAAGCACUUGCCCUCCACAAAUGACCUGUGGCUGUGCCUGCAAGCAUGUAGGGAGCUCAGGUGGCGUUCAGAAGAGGCACCAUGUCAGCCAGGUACCCAGAAGAGUCUCUGGACCUGCUCACAAAACCUGUGAUUAUUCCAGGCUCUCUCGAGUUUCUGGGCUGAAUGACAGCGGGGGUUCAGGGUCUAAAGAAGCAGAACAAGCUAAACGGUUGUCUGAAGAAAGAAGGCAACAGCUGCUGCUGCAGAAGAUGGAGCUGGAAAUUGAAAAGGAACGUCUCCAAAAUCUGUUGGCUAAACAAGAAGCAAAACUGCUCCUAAAACAACAACAACUACACCAGUCCCGAAUGGAUUAUAACAGGUUUAGAGGCCGUGUGUCAGGUUCAGAAGAUGUGCUCAUUGAUGAAACACCUGGAGAACUUGCUCUGAUGAUGAACGGCAACAGCAUGGGGCUACGUGUACCGGUGUCAAAACGUGAAGAUUAUGAUCCCAGGACACCACCAGUGAGCAAAGCCUCCAGAACGUCACGGAGCAGCGGUGGGAGCAGUUUGGGGAAGAAGAUGGCUGGUAUUGGUGCAAAUGUGGAAGAUAGGCAAGCCCUUCUGAUGCAGGCAAAGAGGGAAGGCAGCAAGUCAAGGAAAGGGACAACUUCAGGACCUAGGGGGGAUGCAGCCACAUCUCCUGCACUGAUGGGCAGCAGCAAAGAGCUUGUAACCACAGCCACAUCACCAAUCCAGCAUGACAUUUCACGGUAUGAAGCUUCUCUUCUUGACAUGGUUCAAGCUAUGAAUCCAGUAUCUGCCCCAGGACACUACUACAGAGAAUCCUAUGAGAAGAACAAAAUGCACACGCCUGGUCGUGUGAAUCACAGGUCGUCAUCUUGGUGCCAGUCCCCUCGUGAUUCCAGAAGCAGAGCAGGAGAGUUAGAAGAGAGACGGCUGCUGGAGGAGAUUUUCUUCAUUUGACACUGCUCUUUGGUCUACUCCCCUUUUAUAGAAUUUGUAGUACCUUUUUAUUUCUGAUCUGUUUGUUUUUAAGUACCAUUUUUAAAUUAUUUGAGCAACAACAGAUUGUCUUCCUUCUUCUAAAACACAGUUAAUUAGCAUCUAGUUUCAUUUUGGAUUUAGUAAUCAUGCUGCAAGGAUAUUUUGGGGAUACACCAAUCAGAAAGCGUUAAGAUUUUUUUUUUUUGAAUCUUUCAUGUGCCAAGUAAUCAUUCAAAAAUAGAAUUUUUUUCAUCUACAACAUUUUCUAAUAGAUUGAAGUCACAGUUUUGCCAGCCUCAUAUCAGAAGUGUAUUUCAUUAUCGAUUUUUUGCUCUAAAGCAGUUUGCAAAAACUGCCUAACAUUCAAGAGCCACAAUGUUCAAAGUAGAUUAUUUUCUAAUUAAACAAGUCUGUUUAAAACCUGGUGUAUUACAAAGGUACAAGCACUUUACUACUUUUGUCAAUGAUUUUGUGAUCUACUUUUCCCUUCAGCAUUCUGGUAUUUAACAGGCUGCAUUUUUAGGGGUUAUAUCAUAAGCUCAACUGUACAGCGUCUAAUAAUAUGAACACAUGAUGUUGCAGGUUAAUGUCUUAGGCAUCCAUUUGAAAUACAUUCCUCUUUAAAUCAGUGCUAUUUGACAUAGUCUGUGUACUGGGAGACCUAACCCUGAAAUAGCAGUACACGGUCAGAUGUUGUAGUGGUCCAAAACCUAUGUGAUGUACUUCUCAAGAUGAAAUUUAUAGCAGUGGUAGGGUAAGAACAGUCUUAAGACAUUUUCACUAACUUGCACUAUUUUGAUCCGGUAUCCAGGCUCCAUUGUAAAUAAGACAAAUCAGUAAUUAUUUCCACCAGCAGCUUGCAAUGCACAUUUCCCUGCCGGCUUUAAUUAUUCAUGCUAUAUCUAUUUCAGUUUAUUUAAAUGCACUUCCAUCUACUGCAUGUACUUGGUUAUUUAAAGAAAUGUGCAGAAUUGGUAAAAAUGACUGCAGAUUACAGGAUUAAUGGUCAUUUUCUCCACAAUGCUGUGUUCAUAUUUUAUUGUAACAGUAGCCACCGGCAUGUGUUCCUAGAAAUAUGAGGCUAAAAUACUCAUUUUGCACAGUAAAAUUGCAGCGAGGGAAAGGUAGAAUUGAGCCAAUAUGGGCAAGUUCUAGACCAUUUGCUCCCAAACACUGCUUCGUGGGCCAGUGCGGUUUUUUUGACAGUCUUUUUAGGUAACCGUGCUGAUCUUAAUGGCAGCGGGUUGCUGGCCUGAUCCUUAGGGUGUCACUGCUCCCUGCCUCCAAUGUGCUCCCGUGCAGUGCUUGGUACUCCUGUGCUCUGCAAGGAGCUAGCAAGGCUCAGCAAUGAGGUCCACUGUGCCCCUCCGAUGAGAGCAUGCACUAUGCAGAGCAUCGAGACAGACCCCCUGGCAGCGUCCUGCUUUUAUAGCAAUGAAAUAAAAGGAGAAUGAAGGAGGAGAUGAACCAUAAUUCUGAGUUGUUUCACUCAGGAUCUGUCUUAAUCACAAAUUAGGUGAUACCUUUUCCAUGCAUCCCAGCAGGAUUUUAAAGGCUGCUCGGAGGAGUUUACAGGAGGGAAGCAGCAUUACUGGACCAGAAAAUGACUACUGUAGAAAGACCCUGCUUGGUCUGUCCUGCUGUCAGUGAGACAGUGAGUUCUUUCUAAUAUACCCAUCUGCUGUUGAGUUCCCCCCCUGGUUCUUCUCCCUCGACCUGUGAAGGCACAGGUUUGUGGUUAAAGCCCCAAAGACGUAAUAGGUGCUCUGACACAAGUACAGCAGCUGGGGCAAUAGAUUUUCUCACUCAGCAUGUUUCUGCUGGACGAGCAGCCUGCUUCUUUAGGAAGGCAGGGAAACGAUGGGGAAGGCAGAGAAAAAUGUACAAGGAGCAACAGGAAAAGCAUAGAAAACCAUGAAAGCUAUGACCGACACGUAGAUCUUAGUGUUUGGGGAUUUCUGUGUGUGCAGUUUGUUUUGGUUUUGUUCAGGUUUGGCAUGUGUAAAGAAACAGUUCUCUGAUUUCAGUCCAAUUGCUUCUCUUCUCUUUUCCACUUUGACUGAAACUUUGAUUGCCUUUUCUAAUAAGUGCUAACUGACCUUUCAAAAAAGCAAAAUAUAGAAGUAGAUCUCUUAAAAGGUGCCUUUGCGUACCCAGUUGAGAACACUGCAUGGGAGCAUUAUGUUCUUUGGUUCUUUGUGGGUGCUGGUAUAAAGCUGCUUUAGGAUUCCUUAUGAUCCAUUUUGCCCAUUAACAAUUCUAAUUCUGAUGGUGACUUUUGACUCAAAUCUAUAUUUUGGUAGUAGCUCUUUUUAAAGUGACAUUGUCAGGGUUGCAGGUUCUACACUCAAGGUGCUGUCCAUCAGUCAGAGCUACACGGGAGGCAUACCUUUAUGUAGGCAAGAAUUCUCAAAUUAAGAUAGUUGAAAUAUCUGAUGGAUGAAAACCUGCAUGUUUUAACUGUCUGUGAGAUAUGAACCGAGAAGCAAAAGCUAUUAAUUUGGCAGACCCUGUGAAAAAUCAUUUUUUAUAAUGCCGGUUCUUGCUCUAGUUAUCAGCAGUACAUUAGGAAUAGUGUUUAGCAGUCAGUGCAAGCAAAGAUAUUUUGCCAUGAGGCACUACAAAGUUGAAGUUAUUAAAACAUUUAUAGCCUUAGAAAAAAAAUCAAUGAUUGUCAAAUAGGAAAGGACAAAAUCAGUAUUUGGGACUGGGAGGGGAAUUGUUUUCCAUCUGCUAAAACAGUAGAGGAAAUGCUAAAAUUAAACUAGCAAAAGCAAUCACUUGACAGUGUCCUUUUACUUUUAAGCUCCUGUAUUAGGAAGCUGCCGCUGGGGAGAUAGUCCAGCCACAGAAUGUUUGUCCAGAGUGUUUCCAGUUAACACGCUUCAGCUGCGCGCUGGGCUGUGUUCUGCCUGAGAGUUUGUGGAGGAACGUGGCUCCUGCCAAGGCUGCUGCCCACACCUUCAUUUUGUGUUCUUCCCAGGUGGCUCGUGCAAUGUGCACUGCGCAUGUUUGUGUGCUCACUGCUUUUGUGCACCUUGCACGUGGUGGACCUGCAGCAAUCACGCGCUUUCCUCUUGUAGCCUCUGAAGUCUCACUGUUGAACACCAUCUUGAACGUAUAUUUAUAAAUGUAUGUGAGGUCUUAAUCUAAUAAAUUAUCUGGGGAUUUCAUUUAAUCUUAAAGACUUCUGUUUAUUUGAAUGAUUUUCAGGUGUCUUUUGUCCGACUCAGAUGUAGUAACUGUCAUUGAUAAUGUGUUCCACUUUCCACACCAUCAUAUUAUGUGUAUUCUGAGUCUUCAUCAGCUUGCUAAACCCAAUGAGCCCUCUCUUUCUCUCCAGGACAUGAAUAUCGCUGUGAAAAUGAGCAAGACUUCUUUCAGAGCUUGAAGUCUAGGGGAUAGAUCUCAAAAAGAGAGAAGUGGGAAGCCAGCAGCAUGCACUGGGACAGAAAGGAGUUAGAAAGUAAGAAAGAAAGGAUGGAGAUAAGGACAAGAAAGGACAAGAAUAACAGGCAGAGAACUGAACCAAAGGAUGAGAGAAGCCAGCUCUGAAGGUGGAGAGAAGUUGAUAAACGAUUAUAAGUUGAUGAGGGAGAAAUGUCUUCCACCACUGGUUCCCAACUGAAGCCUGUGCCCCUUAUCCUUUUCCAGAUCAUGUUCCUGCAUCUGGGGAGCUACUGUCCAAAGGAUGAAUGGUAAAUAAGUAAAGGAGGAAAUGACCUAGCUUUGUCUGCUCCCCUACAGAAAAGCUUGUCAGAGGAACCACACAGAGAGUAGGAGAGUGAAACCUGGAUAUAAACAAGGCAUGGACUGAAUUUCAUUGCUAGCAGCAAUGGUGGUAUGAAAUUAGAUUACAGAAGAAUGUGACAGUGGAUAUAACAAGAAUCUGAAUAAGGGAGAAACAAGAAAAACAAAAUUUGCAGUGAUCCACUGAGCUGUGGAGGUUUGGUGCUAAGGAAGGAGAGGAAAGGGCUUAGCUAUGCUUGAAAGAGACUGAGCCUGAGAUAUCGAAAAGUAUCCCUUGAAAGCACACAUGAGCCCAGGGUUAAACUCCAAAAGUUGCAACAGAGAUUUUUUGAAAUACAACCUCCAGUGGUGUUUCAGUUUGUACCAUCUGAGGGCGAGAGAGCACAGCCUGGUUAGUUAGUAACCUCCUUUUUCACUGU